UUAUCAGCUGAGUGUAUGUUGAGUGUGGUCUGUAGUUUGUUUAUUUACAUUGCGAGAACUUUCUAGACGAAUAGAUUUCUAAGUUCUGACCAUAAAAUCGAAACACGGAAAUUGCACGGAACGAAUUUAAUAUUGUCUUAUUCACAUAUUGCUACUAACUAUUACGAACUUUAUUUUUUCUAAUCACGUAGUGCUGUUAAUUAUUACUUGCCUACCUAACCUAGGCCUCUAGCAACUAAGUGUAAAAUACAAACAAAAAUGACGUCGUUGUGGCCAACCACAAAACCCCUGUUCGGAGACGAAGUUGUUUUACGUUCUAUCGAUUGGCUGGAAAAUUUUCCUUGGAGGAACGAAACAAUAAUAAAAAAAGAAAAGGAUAAAUACCGGAUAUGUUUGCAAGCGAAAGAUUUCUCGCCGGAAGAGAUUACUGUGAAAACUGUGGAUGGGUUUAUUAUAGUGGAGGGGAAACAUGAGGAGAAAAAGGAUGAGGAUGGGUAUAUUUCUCGGCAUUUUGUGAGGAGGUACGCUUUGCCGGAGGGUUGUCGACCGGAGUCGGUGGAAUCCAGACUGUCGUCGGAUGGGAUUCUUUCUAUAACGGCCCCUAGAAAACCGGUCUCCCGUCGGGACACCGUCAUACCUGUUUCACAUGAGUCUAAUGCUAAAUCCAAAUUGUAAAAUUACUAAUUUCGGUACCUAGUUCAUCAGUUUAGCCUGUUUCUAUUUUUAUACCUACACUUAUAAGUAAACUUUAAAAAAUUCGAAUGAUUUUGUAUAACAAUAAACAAACAGUUAGGUAGGAUAGGUAUAUUAUUUUAAUAAUUAAAUGCUUUCUAUGUAAAACGCAGAACUUAUCGGUUAUGGAUAUCCCUCUGCUAUUUUUUUUAUAAUUAGAUGUGUAAUUGGGUAGCUACAACCUUGUAGGUACGGUUAGGUAUACAUUAGGUAAUAGUUAAUGUACUACAGGGGUUAAAAAUAAGAUUUUGAGAAUAAAAUGUUACUUAUCUA